AAUAAAUCCGGGACAUUUUUCUGCGCGGCCAUUACUCUAUUCAGGACCGACGGCGGCCAUGGUAGUCGGGGAAGCAAUCUCCCGAUGAAAGAUUUUCCCAGGAUUUCUAAAUUUCCUUUAUAAAACAUGAAGAUUAAAAAGAAGCAUGUCGAUCUAUCGGCAGUUAGUCAUUACCUUAGACACGGACAAUAUCCUGAAGGACUAUCUGACUCGGACAAACGGUGUGUAAGAAAAAGAUCCAAGGAUUUCAGAUUGAAAGCUGGCGUGCUAUACUUUGUGCGAGAUCCGAAAAGUGACCCGAGCAACUCAAGCGGAGCUGAGAGCGACUCAGAACGGCCUGCAACAGAACAAGUCUGGAGAGAAGUGCUGCAUAAAGCGGAAGAAAUUAGAAAAGCUUUUCUUGAAUGCCACGUGGACAACCAAGGAAACCACAGAACAUAUGACAAGACAUUGAAAGAAUUUAGCGACCGUUAUUAUUUGGCUAAAACCAUUGAAACUGUCCGCAAUUACAUAAAAGAAUGUCCAGUUUGCCAAGCUUACCGCAGUGGCUACUCAGCUACUGCCACUCCUGCCAGCAAAACUCCAUCAGAAAGGGAAGAACAUGUUGCCGAACUAAUGGCAGCUUUACCAUUUCCAGAGACCUUGGGGGAAGUGAUCAAUCACUUUUGGCAAAAGGUGGAGGUUGAUAUUCUUGGUCCUAUCAAGGUGACUGGAGGCUCAGCUGUGCAAGUUAUCCUCUGUUUAGACGUUUAUUCUUUGUGGCCAGAAGCACGUUUUGUUGAGUACAAAGAUGGAAUUAUACCUAUAACGGAGAUGUUGCAGUUUAUUCUCAGUCUUAUUGCAAGAUAUGGUGUCAUGAAAACCUUGACAUUCCGUAAAGAAUCAUUCAGUUGUAGAAAGAUUGCUGGUCGCUUUGAUUUACUCACUGAUAAAGAACACGCCAUUGACUUGAAAUUUGGAUGUUGCCAAGAUACAAAUGGCAUGUGGAAAGACCUAGAGGCAGACCUGAGAAAGUUUGCUAAAUCCUAUCCUCGCAACUGGCAUGAAAGUCUUGAUCUUUGGUUGAUGCCACAUCGAAUAAACCGACCACAGAUUGCUGAAUAUACUCCAGUAUACCUUGUACAUCAUAGGGAACCAUGUCUACCAUUGAGUAUAUCUUUCCGUCAACCUGGAUCUGACUUGGACCCAAAUCUGUCUGAUUCUCAGAUUCAGUCUAUUCAAACGAAGAUGAUGAAAGUAAGUAAAGGUCUGACAGAGAGUUUGCUGGCAAACACAUCGGAACAGCCAAGUAGUUCUGAAAAAAAUUUACCUGUACUGUAUUAUUACCCUGGAGAAGAAGUGGUUGAUGAGAAUUCAUCGCAAGCACCUGUUGCUGCUACAGAAGUAAAUGGGGAAGUUAACCCUAAUGAGCUUCAUUCUGAAAAUAUUGUGGAUACUCCAGCAGAAAGCAGUACAACAACUACUACUACUGCUACUACUACCACUACUACUACUACAACAACUACUAAUAAUAAUAAUAAUGUCACUAACAAAACCUCAUCCACUCCAGCUUCCUCCACACCUGUCUCUGUUAAGUCAAAGAAACUUUUGUCUGCAACCAAUGAUAAACCUGUCAAACCUCGUGGGCGACCACCAUCUUCUCAGUCCACCCAAACCUCAAUAGAAGACGACACUAGUAAUGUCCCUAUUGAUGAGGAUGAGUGUUUAUCAGGUUCAGAAAUGUCACCUGGUCGUCGUGGACGCAAGAAGAAUUAUCUAGACGUUGUCAACCGUUAUUCACCCAAGAAAGGCAAUAAACGAAAGAAACGAGAAAAUCGUGAUGUACCAUUAGAUGAUUAUUACCUCGCUCUAAAGCUAUAUAUUGAACAGAAACGUUACCCUCCUGGUAUAAAAGAUGACUAUAAACGAGUGAUCCGGAAAAUGGCUCAGAAUUAUGUCAUUCAAGACGAUGAAAUGUAUUAUAAAUCAGGCUCCAAACUAAAGAAAAUUGUGAUGGAUGAACUGGAACGCUUCAAGCUUUUAAAAGCAGCUCAUGUGCUGGAAAAUGGGACUCACUUGGGGCGAUUAAGGACUUUAGAUCGCUUGAAUGAUUAUUAUUGGAAAGGUAUGACAAUGGAUGGUGCUGCCUUAGUGAAGACAUGUCCUGUUUGUGAACAUGGCAGUGAGCGAAGGAAGUCUGAAGCUGACACUAACCCUGCUCAAGAAAGUUUCUUGAAUUUAGUCAAGGCUGCUGAUGCUGAACCAGAACCAUUGAAUGAAGAAGUCCAAAUCAGGUUGUAUGAGAUUAUCAAACAGUUCCACUUGACCGGUGCUAAACCAGCAGACAUAACCACUGAGGAAAAUGACUAUGCUGACAGAGAAUCUCCAAAGUAUCGUGUUAAUGGUGGCCAGUUAUAUUACACAGAAAACCAAACUAUUGGUCGUUUACGCAAAGUUCUGAUGACAGCAGCUGAGAAACAGAAUGCUGUUACAGAAUCACACAUUCUUAGAACAGGUAUCCAUCGUGGUGUGGAACGGACCAAAGAACUCCUGCAUGGUAGCUACUAUUGGAUUGGUAUGAAUCGUGAUCUGAAAGAAUUCCUUGAUAAAUGUUGCUUAACACGAGUCUUCCCCGAAGAUAAGAAACUUAAAUCUCAAGAAGAGAAGCUCUCUAAGUUUGCCGAGUUCUUCCAAAUGGAUAUCAGUCCUUUCAUUAGUUUAGAGCAGACUGUUGAGCUAAAAGGUGAAAAAGAGGAAGAUGCAACAGUGCUGACAUCUGUUGGUCUUAAAGUGAAGAGUCCUUCCCCACCUCCAACAGAGGAGCUUGAAACAAAGACACUGACCAGUCAGGAAGAAAGUAAUAUAGAAGAUGUCUUCUUAAAUGCAGUACAGGUUGUGGAGCCGGACAGUAUAACAGCACAACCAGAAGAAACAACUCUAGCAGAGAGCAAUGCUAUUCUGUCACAAGAGAUCACUGAUUCCAGUAAAACAAUUGAGGUUUUGUCACCUUCUGUUAAGACUUACAAUGAGGUUGCUUGUAACACAGAGGACAGUGACAAUCUUGAUGAGGUCGAUGAUGUGGAACUAGAUCAACCAAAGGCAAUUGUAAAGAAGAUGAACAUUGAAACAAUUAAAAAUCAAACUUCACGGCGCCAACAAAAGAGUGUUACUGUACAUGUACCAGAAAAGACUGUCGAAGAUCACUUGAGUGAAGAGGUGCAGAAUGCUGUCGACAAUAUAAAACCUGAUGUUAGUGACAUCCAUAUAGCUGAUGAUGUGUCUGCAUUAACGUCAAUGAUUCAGAGGAGACAGAAUGCAGCAGAGAGCAAGAUACAAGAAACUAUUGUGUCGACAGUUGAAAGUGAUGUGGAGAUGACAAAAGCUGAAGAGAUUGUCAAGGAAAUUGAACUGGCUGAAGCUGAAGAAUUUGAAGAAUCAGUGGAUGGCAACCAGACUGAAAAUACUAGCAUGGUAGACAGUAAGGCAUUUUUAACAAAGAAAACUAAAGGGAAACGUAUGAAACGGAAGAAACAGCUUGCUUGUAAUAUUUGUGGCUUAAUGUUUGGAGGCCCUGUAACAUUGCAAGUUCAUAUGAGUACACACUCUGGUCAAAAGCCUUUUGGUUGUGAUGUUUGUGGCAAGCGAUUUACUGAACGGAAAUAUGUUCGUAUCCACAUGAGACGUCACACAGGAGAGAAACCAUAUCUGUGCAGUGUUUGUGGUAAAGGUUUCCCCAGGACCCAGUCUCUUUUAGCUCAUAUGUCAGUUCAUGAAAAAGACAAGGAUCACAUGCAGAAGUGUGAAAUAUGCAAUCGACCAUUUGCUUCUGAUAAUCGUUUGAAUGCACAUAUGGAAGCCAAGCAUCCUGCAGUUCCUAAAGUUUACAAAUGUGCAGAAUGCAGCCGUGUGUUCACUGCAAUGAGGAGUCUGAAGCGCCAUAUUGAGGCCCACAUGGGUUUGAAACGCUAUGAGUGCCAGCAUUGUGGUCGACGCUUUUUACGGAAAGAAUAUCUACGUAGCCAUGCAGCUCAGCACACAGGAGAAAUAUACCCUGCACCUAAACGAAAGAAGCCUGACUUGCCAUGUCCUCAGCUUAAGAUAACUGUUGGUUCAAACACCUAUUCUGUAUUUACUUCUGAUGCCACUGCUGCUGUCACUCCAGAUCAACAAGAAACUUGGGUUGCUGCUGAACUUGUCCAAAAUGAAGAACAGAUACAGGACCCAACCGAGACAGCACGAGCCACUGAAAGUGUUGAGCAGAGUGUUGAAGCACCUUUGUUUUUUAUUGCUCCUAACCAAGUUGAAUAUGAGGUUGAGUGUACCUCAAGUGGUGGCACUGAACUGACUGAAGCAGAUCUCACUGCUAUCAACAUUCUUGCUCAAGCUACACUCAAUGCACCAAACACUCUGCCACUCACAUGAACCAGUUUUAUUACAAAUUCUGCUUCAUCCAUUUUUAACAAACCAAACACCACUUUGCUGGUUUAAUUUGGUUUUAAUUAGCUCAAAGGACUCAUAACAUGAAAGGAAGAAACACUUCAAAAAAAGUUCUUGUUUGACAUACAAUAAAAAAAAAAAAGCACAACUGAAGCAAUCAAAACAACUCUCGUAUCCACUGAAAAUUUCCACCUCAGCUUUUUACUUCUACUUCUUCCCUAUCUAUAUACAUUUCAAUUUUAGAAUCUGUUUGAAUUGUGCAUCUUCUGUGUGUAUGUAUAGAUAUCCGUGCAUGUAAGCAUACAUAUAUAUAUAUACAUACAUGUAUGUAUACAUAUACAUAUGCAUGCAUACCUUUUGAGCAUUAGAGACUCCUAUUUGAAAAGAAUGGUUUGAUAUAAAAUGCACAAAUUCAUUUGAAACCCCUCCAGAAUUCACCGUCAUUUCAUAUUUUCUCCGAUUUUGUUACCUCUUGUGCUAGUUUAAGGUUUCUUUGUGUGUAAAUAUCUCCUCAUUGCAUCCUUCGAUAUCAUUAUUAAACUGAUUUACCAUUAA